AUGGCUCUGAAUGAUUUGGAGGGGCUGACCGAUUCAGGCUCAAAAAAGACACCUAAUCAUUCAGACAUAAGACAUUACGCUAAUACCCUCUCGUUCUUGAAGGGUCCAGGCGAUGGUGUUGUUCCUCCAGCAUGCUGCAGUGGGAUCAAAACCCUCAACGGUGAAGCCCAAACAACACCAGAACGCCAAGAAGCUUGCAACUGCCUCAAAAGUGCAGCUGCCACCAUCACUGGCAUCAACUUAAACCUUGCAAGUGGACUCCCAGGCAAGUGUGGUGUCAGCAUCCCUUACCAGAUCAGCCCCAGCACCGACCGCAAAAGCGUCAAGUGAAAGUUUGGCCAUGGAAGUUCCUCAGCUCAUGAAAGCUACAGAAUAAAAAUGGAUGUUAAAAAUGGAAG